AUGAAAAAAUCCACUUGUGAACUUCUGUCUGAUGAUUUCAGUCAGAUUCUAACUUGCCCAGCACAACAACUCAAUCCAGUUCGUCUCAUGCGACCUGUUCUGGAAAAUUUCUUGAUCGUUUAUUUCGAUGAACAUCUUGAUGAAAAUGGUGAAGAUUUCCAAAACACAUUGACGCAAUUACAAAAUAAAGUCAGUGAAGUCGUUUUAUUCAACGACAUGGAUAUUUGUUUACAGUUUAUGAACCAACUGCACAAUGAAAAAGUUAUUUUUAUUAUUUCUGGUUCUCACAAAGAAAAUCUUGUUCCUGAGAUUCAUAUUGUACCACAGGUCGAUUCUAUUUAUUUGAUCGGUACUAAUUCAACCUAUGAUAAACAAUGGAACAAAAUCAAUGGUGUCUAUGACAAUAUUAGACCUCUUGUUGAAUCUCUUUCCAAGAUUGUUAGACAAGCCAAUGAAAAUAAUGUUUCGAUCUCAUUUCAAAGUACGGGUCAAAAUGAAUCGGACUCUAAUAAAAAUCGACUGGAACCUACAUUUAUGUAUACUGGAUUGUUCAAGAAGGUUUUACUUGAAAUGGAUCAUGAUUCACAAUCUCUCAAUACGCUCGUCGCGUACUAUCGAGAAAAAUACGCUGAUAAAUCGAAAGAGUUAGAAUCGAUUACUGAAUUUGAAAAAGAGUAUUGCCCUAAUAAAGCGAUUUGGUAUUACAGUAAAUCGACAUUCGUCUUUGGCAUGGUCAAUCGUGCUCUUCGUUUCUUAGAAGGAGAUCUUCUUAUCAAUAUGGGGUUUUUCAUUCGCGAUCUUCAUUAUCAAAUCGAACAACGUCAUAAGGAAUAUAUUUCCAAAUCUGUUGAUGAGAACCUUUAUUUUUACCGUGGUCAAGGACUGUCGUUCAACGAUUUUGAAAAAUUGAAGACGAACAAAGGACGACUUAUGUCUUUUAAUUGUUUCUUAUCAACAAGUAGUGAUAAAAAGGUUGGUAAAAUGUAUGCCGAAAGCAAUUCAGACGAAGAGGGAAUGUUUGGUGUUCUAUUUGUAAUUACCGUUGAUCCAAAGAUCAAAUCAACACCAUUUGCCAACAUCGAGAGGGAAAGCAAUUAUCCAGAGGAAGCCGAGAUUCUAUUUUCAAUGCACAGUGUAUUUCGCAUAGAAGAUAUUGAGUGUUUAGAUAAACGUCAACAAGUCUAUGAAGUUCAAUUAACGCUCACGGCUGAUGAUGACCCAGAAUUGCGUCAACUAUUCAAUCAAAUUGUUGAGGAUAUUAAAAUGCCCACUCCUCCAACAAAGGAAGAGCUUCGAACAUUAUUAUUAUGGAUUGGACAAUAUGAUACAGCAGAAAAAUUUUAUCUUGAUUUACUUAAUCAGUCGAAGCUAUUAAUUGACGAAAUAUAUUGUUAUAUAAAUUUAGGACGGAUCAAUGAAAGAUUAGGUAAAUAUGAUGCAGCUUUCGAAUAUUAUGCGAAAGUCUUUUCCAUUGUGAUAAACGCAAGAUGUUAUAAAGCUGAUAACUUUUUCAGAACGUAUUACAAGGAGGUUGGCUCAUUAUAUUGCGAAACUGGAGAUUAUUCAAAUGCCUUGAUCUGUCUUGAAAAAUCACUAGAUAUUCACAAGAAAUUGCAUUCACUCGAUAAUAUUGAAGCGGAUGAUCACUACAACAACAUUGGUAUGGUUUAUUAUCAUAUGGGAAAAUAUGAUGAGGCAUUAUCUAGAUUCAAUCAAGUACUUCUCAUUUCAAAGAAAUUUCUUCCUCCCAAUCAUAUAAAUUUGGCUCAUAUUCAUCUUAAUAUCGGUGCAUGCUAUGCGCAGAUGCAAGAUCAUACUACGGCACUGAGCCACAACAAAAUGGCAGUUAGCAUUUUGGAGAAGGUGCUUCCAGACAACCAUCCAUCAUUAGCGAAUGCUUACAAUACUUUCGCCGGAACGUAUAAGGACAAUGGAAACGUUGAAGAAGCAUUUAUAUAUUAUCAAAAAGCACUUCGUAUUCAUGAAGAAAAUGGUAGUACCAAUCGGCAUGACUUUGCACCCAUCUGUUUGAAUUUAGGCAGAAUGUAUUUAUAUCAACAUGAUUAUGACAACGCAAUGUUAUACUUGAACAACGCACUCAUUAUUUUUCAGCAAACAUUGCCCGAAGGUCAUGAAUCAUUAGCAGUGGUUUACUGUGCCUUUGGUGAAGCGCAUUUGAAUCAAGAAGAUUUUGUGAAAGCCGUGUCCUAUUACGAAAAAGCACUUCAUAUCUACCAGGCAUGUCUUUCUGAUGAUCAUCCUAAUUUAGCUACUGGUUAUAAAAAUAUGGGUGUAGUAUAUUGUAGAAUAGAGAAGUAUGAGGAAGCACUUGAAUGUUUAGAAAAAUGUCUGGCUAUUUUAAAGAAGCGUCUGGGUGAUAACCAUUCGUCAUUAGUUAGUGUUUGCAUAGAAAUUGCAUAUGCUUAUGAGAAGCAGGGGGAAUAUGGAAUAUCAAUUAUGUAUUUGCAAAAAGCUCUCGGUAUUCAUCGAAGUUCUGGUUUACCUCCCUGCCCAGAGAUGCGUAGGUUACUUCAUCUGAUUGAAACUUCUGAAACUUUACGAUUACGCCUUGCUAUCAAUUUCAAUUAA